AGAGGAGGAAGAAUAAAAAAAGGUGAAGAGGUCACUGAGGUGUUGUACUAUUUCUUAGAAUUUUCCAGCAACUUCGAUGGGAGGAAUUUUGUUUGAGCUUGUGGGCCCAAUUCAUACCAGUCGUGACCCUGGGACUAUCCCACGGCCUGCGGCGAGCUUGCAGCGCUGUUGCGCCUCGGAUACGCGGACAAGUCACUACUUGGGACUAUUUACACCCCUAAAAGGGAAACACACAGAUGAAGUUGCUAAAUCCAAGCAAUCAACUGUCACCACAAAAACAAAGAAGGAAAUUCAAUUUCAGAAACUUCAGAGAUUGCCAGAUGGGUGCCAUCCUGAUUUUGAUAAUGAUCAUCUGUGUUCUGUAAAUAAUCAUGACCUGCUUCUUGAAAUGAGUACUCCAAGUGCUGACCUUCAUCUACUUCCUGAGACAGGAGUGGAAAACAUGAGGACAUCUAAAAGUCUUCACGCUGAACUUAAGCGUGAGCUGUUAAAGCUAAAUACGGUGUUAAAGCUACCAGAUAAUGUACUCUUUCUGGCCAACCAGUUCCUUGAAUAUAUUUUAAAUAAUUAUUUAGUUGUGCGGGAGCCACAGAGCAUACUGCAUGCGUUCAACAUAGCCUUGUGUUGGCGUGCUGCUUCUUUUCUGAAAUACACUGAGUUGGAUCAUCGAGAAUCACUUGCCCUUGCUUCAGAUGGAUUGAAUUAUGAAUGCAAUGAGGCUCCAUCAUAGUCAGGCUUAUAGGUUUGUAGUAUCGUUAGGACGGGCAUCUUACUAUAACAAUAUAAGACACAUUUUGUAUAAAUAACACAUGUGCAUAUAUAAGUUAUCGAGAUAUUAUAUGUCUCUGUUGUAACGCACGGGCACUGAUCUAUAAAAGUAUAACACGCAUUUGU